CUCGCAUCCCGUUUCGUCGAGAGCGGGGGAUACUAGUGGAGGCAGUGAUGGCCGAGGGAGAAGAGAGCUUCCAUCCCUGCGCCGGCCAGGCUGCUGCUCCCCCUCCUCCCACUCCCACUCCUGCUCCUGCUGCUACUGCUGCUGCUGGUCUUCCUCCUCCUCCUCCACCUCCUCCUGCUGCUGCUGCUGCUGCUGCUGCUGCUGCUGCUGCUCCUGCUGAUGCUCAGCUUCCGAUUUCCAGCAAUCCCCCGUGCUCGACUGCUACAAUUCCCGCCUCUUCACCUAUGACUGGUAGUCCCAUUACCUCUCCCGCUCCUACCAGUGGGGGGAUUGCUCUUUACCAUCAUGUUGCGGGCUCACAACACCCUCUCCCUCUCCCAAACUCUCGAGAUGGGCCCGGCAACCUCCACAGCGACGGGCCGGCUGCGAGCAUUACCGCCGCUGCGCGCGCAUCAUGCCCGGGAUCGACCGUCGCCUCCUCUCUGCAGCUCCAUUCUCCCCGCUGCUCUCCGCGUGCCGCCUCCGGUGCGGCGGGAGCUGUGGGCAUCCUGCUGGAGCUGGGACCCUCCUCUCGGAAGCGCGCGCUCUCAAGGCCAUCGCUACCUGCCUGCGAGAUCGCGCUAGAUUUCGAGCGCCAUAUCGGCGGAGAGUCCCCCGCGCACGAGGGGAGCGCCGAGAAACGGCAGAGGUUGCACAAUGCCGUCGUGGGCGGGGAGAGUCACGAUCGACUACCGUUAGGCGGGGCGGCAGCCGCAGUGGGCGACCCGCUCAGAACGCAGGAAUGCGGUUGUUGUCUCAUAAAUGGAGCAAGGGGGAACGGAGGAGCCCUCUGUCAUGGUGCAUGUCGACUUAAGGGCCCAGGAAGUGCAGGCAUAGGAGGAGGAGGGGGAGGGGGAGGAGGAGGAGGAGGAGGAGGAGAGGAGAGGAGAGAGCGGGCGCGGCAUUUUGAGGCGGCGCGACAUCGCGAGGUACACAGAGGCGAGUUGCUCGUGCCUGUGACGGCGGCUCGGAGAGUAGCGGCGGCAGGCGGAGCGGUGCGCGGGGAUUGUGCUGGGGGGGAUAUUGGGGGGAGUCGGGCGCAUAUUGAGAACAGGGCGAUGGAGAUCACAACAACGACGCAUGUGGUGAAGAGAGAGAGAGAAGUGGAGGAGGACGGUGGGAACCCCGUGAUAGCGCCAUCGACGAGACUGGCAGGGCCGAGUACAUCGGAAUGCCUCGCGCGGCAAGCUAACAACUUGGAAGGAUCGCUUCUUCUAGAAGGGGAGGCGGCUGCAGGAGGAGGCGGACUUCUGGCAGGUGCAUCCGUGAUAGGACAGGGAGUGCUGGGAGGUGUAGGUGGAGCCUUGGGAGGAGGAGGAGGAGGAGGAGGAGGAGGAGGAGGAGUGGUAGGAGCAGGAGCGCAACCUCUUUCUUUGACUGCGGUUGGGAGCGGAAGUGCUAUUGCGCAGGGAAACAACCCUAGCAGCUUAGCGGUAGUAGGCGGAGGAUUAGGUGGUCUGGGAGGAGUAGGAGUUGGAGUAGUAGGAGCAGCAGCAGCAGCAGCAGCAGCAGCAGCUGGAGCAGCAGGAGGAGGAGGAGGAGGAGGAGGAGGAGGAGGAGGAAUGAGUGCAAGACAACGACCGACUAAUAAUCAGCUGCUGUAUAAAGCGCAUUUCCGGUGGAACCACUAUCCAUUUGAAAUGACAUCUGUACCCGUCACAGAAGCUUGUGCUUCGGUAACGGCUACGUUUUUGAACGUCCUUCGAUGCAUCUACGAGACGGAGCGCCAAAGGAGCAUGAACAGUGAGGAUGGAGGAGUCAGGAAUGUACUUAAGGUGCUAGGAGGGAACACCAGAAGGACAAAGGUGGUGGAAUUAAGCAACGCAACCAUCAAACUUCCAGAUGAGCUUCGGAAACACGCCAUCCGCGACGCGGAAGGGAACGAGUACUCCACAAAUCUAGAUCGAAAUCGGUAUGGGCAAGAUAACCAAUAUUUGCUCACGAUCAUUCGCUACAAUUUAUCAUUUUUAGGCCUUUGCCGGGGUCUUGUCGACAUCGAGAUCAUUGAUGCGAAGAACCCAAAGGACAGGUUGAUGCUUAGCGGAGGUGAGGAUGAUUGCACAUGUGGACAAGUUAGCAUGUCACAGAUGGUCGUGUCGGCCAGAAGCAACACAGGCAGCAGAGGCGGCAUGUUGAGGGCGGAGUGCUCGGUACACGGAGGGGCCAAGGAUGAUUCAAGAUUACCUAUGGAGGCUUACAAAGAUUCCACGAGUGCUGACCGAGAGGAAGGCCAGGGGGCAACUGGGGAUCCGGUUGUGGGGCUGAGCUUGAGGAUGGAGAAUGCGACAGCUUCACACGGGGAGCGUCGACUAAGGGAGGCAGAGGAUGCACAAUGCAAUGGAGUCGAUGUGGAGGAGGAGGAGGGGGUUCCCACCCAUUACGAGCAAUCUGUUACCAGCCGGGUCAUGGCUAAGGAUGGUGGGAUGAAUUUAAAUGAUGAUGCUGCUCAUUUAAAUGGCUAUGUCAGAGAGGAGGAAGGCUGCGACGUUCAUUCUUUGAGCGAGGCGCGGUACGAGCCAAGACCAGACAACCUUGCGUGGGGAAAUCAAUGGUCUAAUCCAGGGAGCGAAGACGAGAAACUGGUAUUGUCGGAUGGAUCCUUGGACAAAGAAAGGUGGAGAGUGAUGCAAACUGUGGAGGGGAUUCGAAGGCCACGACACAUGUUCCUAGAUUUAAAUGCCGAUGUGCAAGGCGAAGAAGAUCCAGGAGGGAUUGACAGCUCAGCGCAGGGCCAAGGGUUGAGGUCUCCCGAGGAUGAUGAUGAUGCUGCAGUGCCUUUAAGGGUGCUCUUCACACGGCAGGUGCUGGAGAAGCAACUGCACGAGGUUCGGGAUCAUGAAAGAAAAUUAUUGGAGAGAGCUGAUGACAUGGAAACGCAGGCACAGCAUUGGCAGGCAGAGGCUGUAGCUCACUCUCGGAAGCUGAAGGAGCAGCUGGAGGAGCGAAAUUGGCUGAUGCGAAGCAAUACGCAAUUGCAACACACAGUAAACAAGCAGAGGGAUGACUUGGAGAAAUUGCAAGCUAGGGAGUGCCAAAUGAUAGAGACCGUUAACCGGCUUAAGGCCAGGAAUCAACAAUUGGAGGAUAUAAUGAAGGAGUUUCAGGACCGAAACUCUAACAGUGCGAUCGAGCUAGAGCAAUCAAGGCAGCGGUGUGAAUCCCAAACACUGCAGGCAAGGAUGGAGUUGGAAAGAUAUGUGGUUGCAAAAUCCCAGAUCGAACAGAGACUUGCGAGCACAAAAUCUUUGCUUGAGCAACGCGAUGAAGAAUUGAGGAUGGUCAAUGUGAGAUUGCGAAAUGCAGAACAAGCGCGCUUAGCUGCUGAACAAAGGGCUGCUGAGUUGGAGGAAAAGUGUGCCGGACAGCAGCGGACAGUAGUAGCCUUGUCGUCUGAGAUUGUGGAGUACCGGGAGACGGAGAGAAUGAUAUUCAAUGCGGUGAAUGUGCAGAACGUCGCCCCUGAGCAAAUGAAGCAGAAAGUCCAGCAGAUUUGGAACCGGUUGCAACUGAUAUUUGAGAAACGGAUGAAGGGGAUUGUGAACAAGUCCAUGUGCGAUCUAUCGGAAAGCAUUCGGCCUUCAGCCAACACUGGUAGCUCCGAGGCUUGGUCAUGGCCUCCUGGCAGAGAAGGUGUAGAAGCCAUGAGAGAGGCUGGGAGUGCAAGCAUGCUUUAUGCCUCUGCUGAACAGCCACGAAUGAGAGAGAAGGCGCAAAGUUCGCAAACUGAGCAGAUUGAGAGGGGGGAUAAGGAAAGCCAAGGAGUGGAUCACCACGAUGAGGCGGCGUCACUUACCAGCAAUGGAGCACAGCAGAGGGAGAACAACACUUGUAGAGGAAGAGAAAUCUAUCAGGUAUCGGUGAAGACCAGCGCAGGCGUAUCGUCUGCGGGUGGUGGGAGAAGAGGAGGUGGAGGAGGAGAAAGAGGUGGAGGAGGAGGAGGGGGAGGAGGAGGAGGAGGAGGAGAAGAAAGAUGUGAUGCGAAUGGAAAUCCUCGCCGUGAUGACAAUGAUGAAUUUGUCCCUGAGAGACGGGGGAACAACAGUGGGAGAGCGCAUGAUGUAGGAGGUGUUAGAGAAGGACAACGCUUGGUAGGUGGCGACGUCACAACAAAGUUAGGAGAUGCAGAGGAGAGAACAGCAGAUGCUGCAGCACACUCCCCUCCCAAUCGUGUGGGGAUCGCUCAUGACCAUCAAGACACUAGGCUGCCAACCUCUGGCAGUGAUACAUCAAAGCAAGAACAAAGUAAUCUUGAAUCCCUUCCCUCUGGUCAACCAAGCUCAGCUGCAAUGAUGACAUGUGCUGCGAUGGCUGAUGCCCUAGCAGUGGCUACCAACAUAGUUUCACUGCCAAAAGCGCCAAACUCUGUUCAAAAGGAGCCGCCUGUGCAGAGCAGUUCUCUACGGGGAAAAAGAAGAUGUCCUGUGUGCAAGUGCAUGAUAGCAGUGGAACAAGCAACGCGUCAGCUUGGUGCAAUCAGUGCACCAAGGCAGAUGAAAUAUGCACUUCUCAGCUGGAUUUUCAGUUUGCCCGUGUCUUGAGAAUGAGGUGACCCAUGGCAUGGCAUGGCCUGCAAAGUGGGCCGUAGGUUACCACGAAGGUGACCUCUGGGUCGUGUCAUCUAUCCGUGGGGUGCCCAGGGUUGGAACCCAAGUUAUUGUGCUGGUGACUUUUUUAACCCCCGCUGACUGAUGCAGCGGGUUAAAAAAGGUACUAUAGCGUGAGUUUACCAAUGUGCCUGCCCCAUGCGCCUAAUUACCUAUGGAACCACCCCUGGGCUGGGUUACCUGCUAACGGGGGUAACAAUCAGACAGUCACCGACGGGGUGACGCAGAUCAGCGAGUUACCAUGUG